AAUGAAUCCCAGGCUGGAGCAAUUAGGGCAGCCCUUUGUAAAGUGGAAUGUUGUCACGGUUCUUUUGUAGAGCAGAUAUGGGGACCGCCUGGAACUGGGAAAACAACAACCGUAAGUGUCCUGCUGUUUAUUCUUCUGAAAAUGAACCGUAGGACACUUACAUGUGCACCAACGAAUGUUGCUAUAGAUCAAGUAGCUUCACGUCUGCUCAAUUUGGUAAAGGGAUCAUUCAAUACUAUAACUGCAGGUGGAGAUUUCAUUUAUUGUAUUGGAGACAUACUUCUGUUUGGUAACAAGAAAAGGUUAAAAGUGGGUACAGAGACUGAAGAAAUCUAUCUUGAAGGUCGAAUUAAUAGGCUUACAGAGUGCCUUGGGUCUUUCAGUGGUUGGAAGCAUUGCAUAAGAUCUAUGACUGAUUUACUUAAAAAUUGUGUUUCUCAAUAUCAUGUUUUUAAGGAAAAUGAAUUGAUCAAAGAAAAACAAUUUGCUGCUGAAAAUCAAAUCAAAACUAAAGCAACGAAGUUGGAAGUAAACUCAUUCAUUGAGUUUGUGCGUGAUCGAUUCAGUGUGUGUGUGUCACCACUUAGGAGAUGCAUCAUAACAUUGUUGACUCACAUUCCAAAAAGUUUUCUAAGGGAAGACAAUUUCCAAAAGAUGGUAUCUCUUUUAGAUGAUUUAAGUUUUUUUAAAUCACUAUUGUUUGAGGAGAGUUUGGUCUCUGAAGAGGUUGAGCAGCUUUUCACGUUUAUACCAUUGCAAACCGAUCUUGAUAACUUGGGUGAUAUGUCUUCAAUCAGUUUUGUUAGAGUCAAGUUAUUAUCUGUUCUAACAACUUUGCAAAUAUCUCUUGAAGGACUUGGUCUUCCAAAUGUUUUGAACAGAACUGCAAUAAUGGACUUCUGUUUUCAAAAUGCUUCCCUUAUCUUUUGUACCAGUUCUACUUCAUACAAGUUGCAUACUGUUGAAAUGAAGCCUUUGGAGAUCUUGGUGAUAGAUGAAGCUGCCCAAUUAAAAGAGGCUGAAUCCACUAUUCCUCUUCAGCUUCCUGGGAUGAAACAUGCUAUUCUCAUUGGAGAUGAAUACCAGUUACCUGCAAUGGUUUCUAGCAAUGUAUGUAUUGAAUCUGGCUUUGGAAGAAGCUUAUUUGCCAGACUGAGCUCUUUGGGGCAUUCUAUGCAUUUGCUUAAUGUGCAGUACAGGAUGCAUCCUUCUAUAAGUUUUUUCCCAAAUUGCAAGUUUUAUCAAAAUCGUAUUCUGGAUGCAGAAAAUGUGAUGCGUAAAAGUUAUGAAAAACAAUAUCUUUCAGGACCCAUGUUUGGUCCAUACUCGUUUAUAAAUGUUGUUGGUGGAAGAGAAGAAAAGGACGAUGAAGAUCGAAGCUGGAGAAAUAUGGUCGAGGUAGCUAUUGUGAUUAAGAUUGUACAAAAUCUCUACAAAGCAUGUCAAGACUCAGGGAAGAAGCUCACUGUUGGUGUUGUAUCUCCUUAUGUUGCCCAAGUUGUUUCCAUUCAAGAAAAACUUGCUCAAAAAUACAAGAAAUUUGAUGGAUUUUCAGUAAAGGUGAAAACCAUUGAUGGGUUCCAAGGUGGAGAAGAAGAUAUUAUUAUCUUAUCAACAGUAAGAUCUAAUAGCCAUGGGUCUGUUGGCUUCUUGUCUAGCCCUCAAAGGACUAAUGUAGCUUUGACCAGAGCACGACACUGUCUCUGGAUACUGGGCAAUGAGAGAACCCUCACAAAUAGUGAGUAUGUAUGGAACGAUAUAGUUUGUGAUGCAAGGAAUCGCCAUUGUUUGUUUGAUGCUGAUGCUGAUGAAUGCUUGAAGAUGACAAUCAUAGCUGCAAAGAAAGAGCUAGAUCAACUUGAUGAUCUGGUUAAGGGGAACAGUGUUCUUUUCAAACAUACAAAAUGGAAGGUCCUCUUCAGCGAUGAUUUUAGAAAAUCGUUUGGAAAACUGACAUUUGCUCGCUUAAAGAAGGUUGUUUUAAAUGUUUUACUGAAACUUUCUGUUGGUUGGCGGCCCAAGAACCGAAGUGUAGACGUUUGUUUCGAAAAUUGUUCAAAAGUUCUGAAAAAAUUUAAGGUUGAAGGUCUAUAUAUUAUUUGCUCAGUUGACAUUAUCAAGGAAGUCAAUUACAUACAAGUUCUAAAGGUUUGGGAUAUAUUACCCUUGGAGGAGAUUCCUAAACUUACAAAACGACUUGAGAGCAUUUUUUCUGCCUACACCGAUGAAUAUAUUAGUCGUUGCACAGCAAAAUGUUUGGAAGGAAAUUUUGAAGUUCCUAGGAGUUGGCCGGCAUCCCAAGAAUUCAUCAAAUUUCGUUCUUUGAGCAACGGUGAAGGUGAUAGAGAAGCGAGUUUGAUUCCUGGUGAUGGUAGAAUUUAUGUUGAAAACUCUAAAGUGAGUGAAAGUUUAUUGCUCAUGAAGUUUUACUCGUUGUCACGUGGGGUGGUGAGCCAGUUGCUUUCUGCUAGAGAAUUUGAUUUACCAAUGCAAGUCACCGAUGAACAAAUGGAUAUAAUUCUAUUUUGCAAAAGCUCCUUCAUAAUUGGGCGAUCCGGAACCGGUAAAACCACAGUUUUGACAACAAAAUUGCUCCAAAACGAACUGAAUUUCCGUGUUGCUUCUGAAGGGACUAGUGAAGCAGAAAUCAACCGAAUUAGAGAUGUUGAAUCUAUUGAUGACUCUGAAAGUAGCAAACCGUGUAUACUUCGCCAGCUUUUUGUGACAGUGAGCCCAAAACUGUGUUAUGUUGUAAAGAAACAUGUUUCCCACGUUACAAGUUUUUCAUGUCAUGGAAGUACGUCAGCAGAGAUCAAUCUUGAGGAUGCGGAUUCUAUGUCAGAAUUUAAUGAUAUCCCUGACACAUUUGUUAAUAUUCCCUUGAAAAAGUUUCCUCUUGUUAUAACAUUCCAUAAGUUUCUAAUGAUGUUGAAUGGCACUUUAGGGAGUUCUUAUUUUGAAAGAUUUCAAAAGACAAGAGAAGGUUCUCAUGGUAACCAUAAAAGUUCAGGUGUUGUUGCAUUGCAAACGUUCAUAAGAUUAAAAGAGGUUACAUUUGAUAGGUUUUGUUCUCUCUACUGGCCCCACUUCAAUUCAAAUCUUAAAAAGAAACUUGAUCCUUCUCAAGUAUUUACAGAAAUAAUUUCUCAUAUCAAAGGAGGCUUGCAAGCAGGGGAAUACAGUGAUGGAAAAUUGAGCUUUGAGGGUUACUCUUUAUUAGCCAGAAGUCGUAGUUCUACUUUAACACAACAAAAAAGAGAGACUGUUUACUCCCUCUAUCAAGCCUAUGAAAACAUGAAAGCUAAACGUGGGGAAUUUGAUUUGGGAGAUUUAGUAAUUGACCUUCAUCUUCGACUUAAAAAUGGAAAAUAUGAAGGUGACCAAAUGGAUUUCGUAUACAUUGAUGAAGUUCAAGAUCUUAGCAUGAGACAAAUUUCUCUUUUCAAGUAUAUUUGCCAAAAUGUUGAUGAGGGUUUUGUUUUUGCUGGUGAUACCGCACAAACAAUUGCACGAGGCAUUGACUUUAGGUUCCAAGAUAUCACGUCACUAUUCUAUAAGGAGUUUUUAACCUGCAAAGCAACCGGAAUACAAGAGAAAGGUCGUUUAUCUGAGAUUUUUCAAUUAAAACAGAACUUCAGAACUCAUGUGGGUGUUCUUGAUUUAGCACAGAGUGUUAUUGACAUUUUGUACUGUUACUUUCCUCACUCUAUGGAUAUUUUGGAGCCUGAGACUAGUCUUAUUUCCGGGGAACCUCCAUUUUUGCUAGAGUCCCCUAAUGAUGAAAAUGUUAUUUUGACAAUCUUUGGUGGCAGCGGAAGUGGCCCAGAAGUUGUUGGUUUUGGGGCUGAACAGGUGAUUUUAGUACGUGAUGAUGUUGUGAAAACCGAAAUUUGUGAAUAUAUUGGAAAACAAGCUCUUGUUCUCACUAUCGUGGAGUGUAAAGGGCUGGAGUUUCAAGAUGUUUUACUUUACAACUUUUUUGGGACUUCCCCCUUGAAAGAUCAGUGGAGAGUUAUAUACAAAUAUAUGAAGGAACACGCUUGGCUCGAUGAGAAAUUGUCUCAAUCAUUCCCCAAUUUUUGUGAGUCAAGACAUAGUGUUUUAUGUUCUGAAUUGAAACAGUUGUAUGUGGCUAUCACUAGGACUAGACAAAGGUUAUGGAUAUGUGAAAAUAAAGAGGAACUUUCCAAGCCAAUGUUUGACUACUGGAAAGGAAGGGGACUCGUUCAGAUAAGAAAGCUGGACGAUUCGGUUGUACAAGCAAUGCGAGUUGCAAGCAGCCCUCAAGAAUGGAGGGAGCGUGGCAAAAAGCUUUUUUUCGAGAAAAAUUAUAUGAUGGCAACAAUGUGUUUCGAAAGAGCUGGAGACAAAAUGUGGGAGACUCUAGCCAAAGCUUCACGUUUGAGAUCAUUUGGUGAACAUAUUCGUGGAACAAAUCCUGAAGCUUUUAUAGGCUAUGUUAAAGAAGCAGCAGGAAUGUUUGAAUCUAUUGGGAAACUUGAGUCUGCUGCAUCUUGUUUUUGUGAUUUGGGCGAGUAUAGAAGAGCAGGAAAAAUCCAUCUUAAGCUUGGAAAGAUGGAUGCAGCAGCAGAAUGUUUUACUCUAGUGGGAUGUUAUAGUGAUGCAGCAGAAGUGUAUGCAAAAGGAGACGAGAUUUCUAAGUGUUUGUCGGUUUGUAGAAAAGGGAAACUUUUUGAUAAAGGAUUGCAGUUUAUAGAACAAUGGAAAAAGCAUUCUACUUUUCAAAGUAAAGAACUGGAAUUGAUUGGACAAGAAUUUUUGGAGCAUUGUGCUCUUCAUUUCCAUGUGCAAAAAGAUUUUAAAUCUAUGAUGAAGUUUGUCCGGGCUUUCUGUUCAAUGGAAUCCAAACGUGUGUUCUUAAAGUCUUUAGGCUGUCUUGAUUACCUUUUGAUUUUGGAAGAAGAAUUGGGUAAUUUUCUUGAUGCUGCUGAGCUGGCAAGGUCUUCGGGGGAUGUUUUAAAAGAAGCUGAUCUUUUGGAGAAGGCUGGUCAUUUUAAGGAUGCGGCGGUUCUAUUACUUUGGUAUGCAUUCUUUAGCUCGUUGUGGGGAAAUGGCAAUAAAGGUUGGCCAUUGAGGCAGUUUGCUCAGAAUGAAAAAGUUUGUAAAAAGGCAAAGUUGCUUGCAAAAACGUAUUCAGAAGAUCUCUACGAAUUUGUUUGUAGUGAGCUUAAAUUUAUUUCUGAUCGGCACGGUUGCUUGCUCGAGCUCAGAAAAGAUUUGCUUGUUUCUCAGAAAAACAAGAGUUUAAGGGGAGAAAUCUUUUUGAUUAGGAAAAUCAUGGAUUUUCAUAUUCGUUUGAAUUUCUCUAAGUAUGACUGGGAGGAUGAGUUACCAAUUAAUAUUAACAAGCACUGUGAGGACAAGACUUCUCAGAACCAAGUUUCUGCUAGAACACUAGUUUUUUAUUGGAAUGCAUGGAAGGAAAGGGUCUCUGAUAUUUUUGAGAGUCUUAAAAGCUUCCAUAAAGAACCAAAUGAAGAUGAUGGUUGUGUUGACUUUAUCUUAAAUUAUUUUGGGGUGAGGAAACUGUGUUUAAAAGGCAAUGUUGUUUACAUGUUGAUCAACGGGCACGCAGAUUGGAUAAGAAGUGCAGGUCAAAAGGGUCUUCGAAGGGAUGGGAAGCUUCUAACUAUGAAUAUUAGGGAUUUGGUGCUUUCUAUAAGGUCUUAUUGGCAGUCUGAAUUAGUUUCUGUGGGUAUAAAGGUGCUUGAAACUCUCGAAGCUUUGCAUAAGUCAAACUCAAAUGGAUCUGCAUUUCAUCAAAGCACAUCUCUCCUUCACAUUUUUGAGGUUUCCAAGUUUCUUUUAGACUGCGAGUAUGUUAACCCGAAAGAUACGAAGAAGUUGGAAAGAUAUCUUGGAAUUUCUCUAACUUAUUUUGAUCUUGUGUUUCCAUUGGAUUGGCGAAGAGCAGUCUCUGAUGAUUUGAUUUCUUUAAGGGAGACUGAUCUAUCUCUUAACUUGCUUGAGGAGAUUAUUCAUCAAAAUCUUAACAUCAGGGGUGACUUCACCUAUUGGACAAUUGGGAGGGUGAUGAUGAUAUGUCUUCGCUCUAGAAAACCUGUAGCACUUUACGAGCAUAUAACUAGACGGAUUCAAUGGAAUCCUGCAUGGAAGCAAUUUUUUGAGAAAUAUAUGAACGGUGGCGUUAAAGAUGUUUAUGUUUUUCAAGCACUGUAUAGUGCUUUGGAAGAUACUUUUAGUGCCAAUUGGAGACGUGCCGGCUACAUUUCACCUCACAGUUUUGUGUAUCUCUUGGAAAGUCUUGUUUUCAUGACAUCUUUUCAUUCAGGAAUCUUUUUCACUACAAAAUCUUCUUUUGCUGGAUGGUGUACACAAAUUCACUCUACUUCAACUUAUUUAGCACCCCAGCCAAUGAUUUCAAAUGCAAUACAUUUUAUUGUCGAGGUGAUUCAGCAUAUUCUUUACGAAAAACACGAUACUAUAUCAUGGAUUAAAAAUGCAAAUAUUGAUUUCUCGUAUUACCUUCCACUGUUAUCAUUGAAGCUGGUUAUGCUGCUUUCUUUAAUUUGUCUGCAAGUAUCAGAUUGUUCUCAAGUACUACUUGAUUUGCUGUCGGGAGAAAAUAAUAUUGCUUAUUUGCUUCCAAAGAAGUUUGUGUAUGGUCUUUUAAGGAGACGAACGGGCCAGUACUUGAACCUGAAUCCAGAAAUGGUUGGAGAAGCAUUUAUGAGCAUAGAGGAUUCUCUCGUGAUUGUGGGCUCGGGAAAUGCGAGUCCAAGAUUUCAUGCUCCUUGUGCUCUAUAUGUGGACGUUAGCAAAUCUAAAGUGGAGAUAAUGAGUGUGUUGUUUUCAAGAAACACUGUACCUUGUGUGCAAAAUCCAUCAAACGAUGAUGAUACAGUGACUAUUCUUGAGGCACCUUCUUCAAACACAUCACCGGAUGACAAGCUGAAUGUGAAUCCUGUUGAAGUGGAAUUUAAUUGGAAAGUUAUUGAAGAUAUAUCUGAAGCUAUAAAUGCGACGAAGGAAGUGGCACUAAACACCUUAUUUGCUGCAGCAAUGAUAAAGAAAGAAUUGGAUAAAAAUUUAGGCACGUUAGAAACUGCUUUUGUGGAUAUAAAAUUCGGUGCUGUCAAAGAUGCAUCAGAUGUACAUGAAGCGAAUCUUGCGAUUGAUGAUCUGAAAUUGCUUUCUUCUGCAUUCGGCACAAGCCGAAAUGAUGUGGAGCAUUCAGUUGUCUUGACGAGGGAGGUGCAAGGGGUUGUAGAAAGACUGCAAAGUCUUAGGCCAAAGAUAGAUGAUUUAUUGAACCAUUCUAUCACGAGUCAGAAAUCAAAGAUUGAGCAAAUGGGAGUGUCAGAGAGCAGCAGCACAACUGAGGCUGAACAAACAAGUGAGGUGAAUAAUCAAGUCAAGGGAACAGGUGUUGAUCUAGUCGUGGUCGGAAAUCAAAGCGCGGGCGGCAACAUUCAGAUAGCAAAAAACAAAAAAGGGAAGGGAAGGAAGAAUAAAAAGAGCAAAGGUAAAAUGGUAGUGUAUGCAGCGGGCAGCAGCACAACUGAGAUUGAACAAACAAGUGAAGUGAAGAAUCAUAUAAAUGAAACAGGUGAUGAUCUAGUUGUGGUCGAAAAUCAAAGUGCAGGUAACACUCAGGAAGUAAAAAACAAAAAAGGGAAGGGCAGGAAGAAUAAAAAGAGCAGAGGUAGAAAGAAAUGAUGUUAUGAAUCUAUGGAUACAUGAUCCUCUAUUGCAGUUGGCUUUUGAUUGCUUGUUUUCUUUUUCUGUUUUUUUUAUUAGCUAAGAUUUCCAAGUUUCUUGCCAAGGCUUUAAUUUGUAAUUUUACAAGGGCUGGGAAGAUCAUGUCUUUUGAGUUUUAAGAACCAUCGCUUUGUGAGGUGCCUAUGAAUAUAAUGGAAACGUCAUUAAAGUGUUCAU